AUGUUUCGGACAAAUUUUCUCAUUUUAUUCUCACUGUGUUGCAACCUGGCCACCUGCGGCAGCCCACCGGCCGCUGGCAAGAAUGUAACCUUUCGCUCGGUAGCAUAUUUUGCCAAUUGGGCGAUCUAUGACAGAAAGUUCAACCCGCAGGACCUCCCAGUAGACAAUUUGACACACGUCCUCUAUGCCUUUGCCAAUAUAAAAUCUGACACUGGAGAAGUGUACUUGUCCGAUGCUUGGGCCGAUACGGAUAUCCCCUUUCCCGAGGAUUCUUCAAGCGAGGCAGGAACCAAUCUUUAUGGCUGUCUCAAGCAGUUAUAUCUUUUGAAGAAGAAGAACCGUCACCUCAAAGUACUCCUCUCCAUUGGUGGCUCGAGUUACUCAGCGAACUUUGCCGCGCCAGCAUCGACUGUGUCAGGUAGGACAGCCUUUGCCUCAACUGCUGUCACAUUGGUUAGAAACCUCGGAUUCGAUGGCCUCGAUAUCGAUUGGGAAUUCCCAGCAGAUCGUGCUGAGGCUGGAAAUAUGGUACUCCUCAUCCAAAGCGUUAGGGAGGCACUGGACGCUUAUGGGAGCUCGCUCAACCCACCAUAUCACUUCCAGUUGACAGUCGCGUCCCCAGCCGGGCCUACCAACUACCAAACAAUGCAUAUUGCCGACAUGAACAAGUUUGUUGAUUUCUGGAAUCUCAUGGCCUGGGAUUAUGCCGGUCCUUGGAGCACUCUUGCUUCUCACCAAGCCAACCUCUUCAGGUCUGCAGGCGAUCCGGCUGCGACACCCUUCGACACCCAGACGGCCAUCAAAUACUAUCUGUCCCAAAACGUCAGCUCAGAUAAAAUUGUCCUUGGCGUUCCUAUCUAUGGUCGGUCUUUCGACGCAACUGAUGGUCUCGGAAAACCAUUUAAUGGCGUUGGUACGGGCACCUGGGAGGCUGGUGUCUACGAUUACAAAGAUCUUCCAUUAAGAGGAGCUGUUGAGAAGUACGACAACGCGACCGGCGCGAGCUAUAGCUAUGAUGCUACGACAAGGGAGUUGAUUAGUUACGACACCAUUAUGGCUGGGAAGCGAAAGGCCACCUGGAUUCAGCAGAUGAAACUUGGUGGUGUUAUGUGGUGGGAGAGCAGCGCUGAUCGGCCAGGGGACAAGAGCUUGAUCAGGAACACGGCUUGCGUCCUCGGUGAUUUGCGGCUCGCCCCUAACCAAUUGGUCUAUCAAGAUUCGGUCUAUGACAAUCUUCGGGCAGGUAUGCCAGGAGAGGGUUGUAUCCCAAUCUCCUCAACAAUAUCAACCGCCAGCACCGCAGCAUCAUCAUCCAAUUCGGCUGGCACACUUUCGGCCUCGACUACAAAUAUUGACACGGCAUUACCUACGGCGGGUGAAGACCUCGGCAAUUCUGCCCCUAUAUCAUACACAACGAUCACUGUGCCAGCAACAACGCAUUGCGUAACGUCAUUGGUCAUCGUGACCAGCUAUCCCAGUCAACAACUUUGA